CGGCGUUCGUGCGCCUUGGGCCAGUCCGGGCGCCCGGGGGUUCGGAGGAGGCAGCUGAGGCUGGAACCUGGCUCCGGACUGACGGGGCCCUUGAAUGCAGCAGCAGUGGCCGCCGCAGCACCCUGGUCCCCAGGAGAGAGGAGGGCUCCACUUGGGGGCAGCAGCAGGACAGGGUGGGGGGCCGGCUUGCCUCUCGUUCCCGUGGCCAGUCUCCUUCCUGUGGCGUCUGCAAAUGUAUUAACUUUCAGGCCUGAGCAUUGGGACAGGACCUGCUGGCACUCAGGAAUUGCAAUCCCAGAAAAGUCCGAAAUUCAAGUGAGCCGAAUACAAACCGAAAAUUCAGCUGUCAACUGCAGCACUAGUCGAAGCAAAGGCAAGUCCAGAGUGAGGAGGAAGAAUUUUGGUCUGUAUGGAAACAAUCAGAUUCCUUUCUUCCCUUGAGAGUGGAUGCAUAAUUAAAAAUAGGAAGUAAUUACUUCCCUUCUGUAUUUGAAAGAAAACUGAACAAGGAAAAGGCAGCUGGAAGAAUUAAACCACAGGUGAAGGCAACUUUGCAACUUGGGAGAUUGUCACUCGUCUAAAGAUAAGAAUUCUAUUUGUCAUUUUAUCCACUGUCUGAUAUGAAUGGAGUCGUCAAGUUGGAAAGAGGAUCAAUAAACUUUUGAAGAUGGAUGUCUGAAGAUUUCAGGAUGUGGUCCCUGCAGUCAUUAGAUAAAUACUCUGGUGCUCAGAGCAGUUAGCUGACUUACACAGAAGUGAAUGGCAAGGAACUGGGAGAUGCAGGUGUAGAACUCAGAUUUUCUAUCUACACAAUCUUAUUGAACGGUAGACACCGGUGCUCCUCCUCUUCGGGCUUGUGGACUUGGAGUAAUUACACCACCAGUUUUGCUGGAUCUCCAGCCUACAGAUGGACGAUUGUGGACUUCUCGGCCUCCGUAGCCACAUAUCUCUCAGGCAAAAGGAAAGAGACUUGGUGAUUGAUAACGUGGCUCUGUGAAGCAUGGUGCAGGGGAGGAAGAAAAUAAGAGAAACACACCCACUGAGGCAAAGCUGGUGCUUCCUUCUGUGGGCGGCACACACGGCUCUGCCAGCCCGAGCCGAGGACCUGCGAAUGAAUCCCGGAGACCAGAGGACCAUCGGCGGGGGCUCUUUCCAAUAACACUUUGCUUGAAGUGGCGUCGUGGCUGAGUUUCUCCUCCACCUCUCAAUGCAAACACUAUGCGGAGAGCGGUUGGCUUCCCUGCGCUGUGCCUGCUUCUUCACGCUGCAGGGUGCCUUUCAAGAAAUAAUGAUCACUUUUUGGCAAUUCAUCAGAAGAAGAGUGGGAAGCCAGCCUUCAUUUAUCACCAUUCACAAGACAUUGAGAAGAGCCUGGAUAUAGCUCCACAAAAGAUACAGAAACAUAGCUACCAUUCCUCUUCUAAAGCUCAAAUAAGCAAACGCCACCAAAUUGUUAAUUCAGCAUUUCCUAGACCUGCGUAUGACCCAUCUCUCAACCUGCUGGCCAUGGCUGGUCAAGACCUUGAAGUGGAAAACCUUUCAAUCCCAGCAGCAAAUGUGAUUGUGGUGACACUGCAAAUGGAUGUAAAUAGGCUGAACAUAACCUUGCUUCGGAUAUUCCGCCAAGGAGUGGCCGCGGCUUUAGGACUCUUACCCCAGCAAGUGCACAUCAAUCGCCUCAUUGGAAAGAAGAACAGUGUUGAACUAUUUGUGUCUCCCAUAAACCGAAAAGCAGGAAUUUCUGAUGCUCUGCCAUCUGAAGAAGUGCUGCGUUCACUUAAUAUCAAUGUUUUGCAUCAAAGUUUAUCCCAGUUUGGAAUUACAGAAGUCUCCCCUGAGAAAAAUGUUUUACAAGGGCAGCAUGAAGCGGACAAAAUCUGGAGCAAAGAAGGAUUUUAUGCUGUUGUCAUUUUUCUCAGCAUAUUUGUUAUUAUAGUAACGUGUUUGAUGAUUCUUUACAGAUUAAAAGAAAAAUUUCAGCUUUCCCUGAGACAAGAUAAAGAGAAAAAUCAGGAGAUCCACCUAUCACCCAUUGCAUUACAGCCAGCACAGUCUGAGGCCAAGACAGCCAACAGUUUGGUCCAGCCUGAGCAGGUUCCAAAGGUACUGAAUGUGGUUGUGGACCCUGAAGGCCAAUACACUCCUGAGAUCAAAGCCACCACCUCUGUCUGCCCUUCUCCUUUCAAAAUGAAGCCCAUAGGACUUCAGGAGAGACCCAACUCAAUUCAUCCUCAUUCAUACAUCUGCUCUGACCACUCUGGACGGAAGAGACCUCACUUUCUACUAAACCAUUGUAGCACUGAGUAUCCCUCAGUUCACAGACGAGGAUCCAACGUAUCUCUUACCCUGGACAUGAGUAGCUUGGGGAAUGUUGAACCCUUUGUGGCCACACCAACCCCACGGGAGAAGGUAGCAAUGGAGUAUCUGCAGUCAGCCAGCCGUAUUCUCACAAGGUCACAGCUCAGGGACGUCGUGGCAAGUUCACAUUUACUCCAAAGUGAAUUCAUGGAAAUACCAAUGAACUUUGUGGAUCCCAAAGAAAUUGACAUUCCAUGUCAUGGAACUAAAAACCGCUAUAAGACCAUUUUGCCAAAUCCCCUCAGCAGAGUAUGUUUAAGACCAAAAAAUGUAACUAAUUCUUUGAGCACCUACAUUAAUGCUAAUUAUAUUAGGGGCUACAGUGGCAAAGAGAAAGCGUUCAUCGCCACGCAGGGCCCCAUGAUCAACACCGUGAAUGAUUUCUGGCAGAUGGUUUGGCAGGAAGACAGUCCUGUGAUUGUUAUGAUCACAAAACUCAAGGAAAAAAAUGAGAAAUGUGUGCUUUACUGGCCAGAAAAGAGAGGAAUAUAUGGGAAAGUCGAGGUUCUGGUUAUCAAUGUAAAUGAAUGUGACAACUACACCGUUCGAAACCUUGUCUUAAAGCAAGGAAGUCACACGCAACACGUGAAGCAUUACUGGUACACCUCAUGGCCCGAUCACAAGACUCCAGCCAGCGCCCAGCCCCUUCUACAGCUCAUGCUGGAUGUGGAAGAAGACAGACUUGCCUCCGUGGGCCGAGGGCCUGUGGUUGUCCACUGCAGUGCAGGGAUAGGCAGGACGGGGUGUUUUAUUGCUACAUCCAUCGGCUGUCGACAGUUGAGAGAAGAAGGAGUUGUGGACGCGCUGAGCAUCGUCUGCCAGCUGCGUGUGGACAGGGGUGGAAUGGUCCAAACCAGUGAGCAGUAUGAAUUUCUGCAUCAUGCUCUGUGCCUGUACGAGAGCAGGCUUGCAGCAGAAACUGUCCAGUGAUUCUCUGAAGACUUACCAGACCAUCGUUCUCUAGGGGUGAUUAGUCAAUUACCCACUUGAGGCUUCUGGAAGGAGCUUCCUGCAGUGGAAGAAAAGAGAAGCUGUGAAGCUAAGCUGGGGCGUGGAUUGUGGAAGAUGGCAACGUAUUCAAGAUUGCCAGCCUCUUGUGUAUAUGAAUGCAUUUGUAAGCUUCCCCUAAAUUAUUCUGAAGGUCCUUUGCUGAUGGAGGUAUGAUUGAUUUCUCACACAGCUAAGGAGGAUUUUGUUUUGUCUGUAUUGACUAUCUGCCACACAGAAUAUAUGUAUGAAAUUUAUGUCAUCAGAUGACAACUUGAAGAGCUGCUGAAGAAAUUAUUAUUGUGUGUUUAGAUGCUUUUAUGUUUGCAAAAAAUCUGUCUUGUGAAUGGACUGUCAGCUGUUAAACUGUUCCUGUUUUAAGUGUUAAUUCCUUUCUCAGUUACCAGAAUCUUGCCGCUAAAGUUGUGAUUGAAAAUGGAUUUUUAACAAAUAAGUCCUUGUUUUUGAAAAAAAAAAUCAGAAGCAGUAACUAUUUUAUAUGGAAAUGUGUCUUGAAAAUAUUACCUAUUAAAUGUGUAUUUAUCAGUACCUCGUACCAAUCAAUUACAGAGCACAAUGAUUGUCAUUGGGUAUAUAUGUAUUUACUCUCUACUAUUGGGCAUAGAGGUGGUUUCUGCUCCAGAAUUCUACCCACUGUAUUUCUACAUUGUGAGUCAUUUUACUUUCAAAGGUAAAAACAAAUUUGUAGCAACUAUGAUGUGUUAAGAAUUUUAAAUACUUGUCUCUCUUUUACUAAAAAAGAAUUUUUGAAUAUGCUGUCUACCUGAAAUCUCUCUCCCAGCAAAAGGCAGAUGCCUUUGGGAAUGAUGUAACCUGUCCCAUUUCCAGAGGUUCUUUAAAAGGAUGCUGCCAUGGAUAUCCUUAAAUCUCUGAAAGGAUUUAAUCCUCAAGAGACAAAUAAAGCUUAAAAAAAAAACUACACUCAGCAAACACUAGAUGUUCUGCUCAAAUAUGAAUUUUUAAUGCAGCUAUGUUGACUUUGUUUCCUACUGCCA